AUGAUCAGCUCAUAUACAGCAAAUCUAGCCGCCUUCCUCACUAUGGGCAAAAUGGAGACGCCUAUUAAAGGUGUUGAAGAUCUAGCUAAGCAAACUAAAAUCAAAUACGGAGCACUUGACGGUGGCUCGACAUCAACAUUUUUCAAACAUUCGAAUUAUUCGACCUAUAAACGAAUGUGGGCUGCAAUGUCGGAGGCGAGGCCGAGCGUUUUUACUUCAAGUAAUGACGAAGGUGUCGAACGAGUUAUCAAGGGUAAACGACAAUAUGCCUUUCUCAUGGAAUCCACCACCAUCGAAUACAAAAUGGAACGCAUGUGCGAAAUUGAUAAGAUUGGCGGUCUAAUCGACAACAAAGGCUACGGAAUCGCUAUGCCGCGCAAUUCCCAAUACCGAACGCUGAUUAACAAUGCGAUAUUGAAGCUAGGAGAGAAAGGUACGUUGGGUAUACUGAAAAAGAGAUGGUGGCAAGAAAAUGGAGGAGGCUUAUGUAAAAAAGAUGAAACGGAAACAAGCAGUAGUACCACCGAAUUAGGACUGGAAAGCGUCGGAGGUGUAUUCGUCGUUCUAAUGUGCGGUUGCGCCACUUCGUUUCUUAUUGCUAUUUGCGAAUUUUUAUGGAAUAUACGCAAAGUCGCUGUAAGAGAGAAGGUCACGCCGUGGGAAGCGCUCGUUGCCGAGUUGAAAUUUGCCGUGAACAUUUUUGCGGUAACGAAACCUGUUAAAAUUGUCAAAAGCAGAGACAGCAGCGCAAGCUCCAUGGAAGGUGGGCUUGGCAGAGCUGCGUCUACGGCACGAUCUAUCGUCGGCUCGUUCCUGCGUCUUGACAUGCUCGACAAAUUCGAUAAAGACCACAACACGAGCAACCGCAACAACGAUCGCAAAAUUAAUUGACAAUCGCCAGAGGAAUAAUUAAAGCAAACCACGAAUUUUUGAAAUAUAUAAUACAAAAACCCUAUACCGAAAUUGUAUAUCUAUUCAAUAAUAAAUACACAUAUAG